AUGAAUGAGUUUGUCAUAAGUGGCCUGUCCAUAAAACAUGACCUUGUAUAUCCCGAGAUCUUUUUAUUUGAACCCCUACAGCUGGAGAAGAGAGGCGAGAGACGAGCGGAGGCUGAGAAACUUCUAGCUCAGGCACAAGAAGCAGGUGAACAGGAGAACAUUGACAAGUUCAGUAAGCGACUAGUGAAGGUUACCAAACAGCACAAUGAGGAAUGCAAGAGGUUACUUACUCUAAUGGGAGUCCCUUACGUUGAGGCUCCAUGUGAGGCCGAGGCGAGCUGUGCUGCUCUGGUGAAAUCAGGGAAGGUUUAUGCCACAGCGACAGAAGAUAUGGACGGUCUGACAUUUGGAACAACAGUCCUGUUGAGGCAUCUAACAGCCAGUGAAGCAAAAAAACUCCCUAUCCAAGAAUUUCAUUUCAGUCGUAUUCUACUGGAAAUGGGUCUGACACAUCAACAGUUCAUUGACCUGUGUAUCCUCCUGGGCUGUGACUACUGUGGCACUAUAAAAGGAAUUGGACCCAAGAGGGCCAUUGACCUCAUUAAACAGCACGGCUCUAUUGAAGAGAUCCUAGUGAAUAUUGACUCAAAUAAGCACCCAGCUCCAGAGGACUGGCUGUAUAAAGAGGCUCGGAGUCUCUUCUUGGAGCCUGAGGUCAUUGAUGGCCCCUCUGUUGAUCUGAAGUGGAAUGAACCUGACGAGGAUGCACUGAUUCAGUUUAUGUGUGCUGAGAAACAGUUCAGUGAGGAUCGUAUCCGUAACGGCUGUAAGAAAAUCACGAAGAGUAGACAAGGGAGCACCCAGGGAAGACUGGACACAUUCUUUACUGUAACGGGAUCAAUUUCCUCUAAGCGUAAGGAGCCUGAAAUAAAGGGAUCUACUAAAAAGAAGCAGAAGACGAGUGCUACGCCAGGCAAAUUCAAGAAAGGCAAAUGAAAGCGAUUUCAGCUAGAGGAGUUCAGAGCUUGUAGUGUCAUUAACAGUCAAAACAUUUCGUAUUAAGGAACAAAACAUGAGAACAGUUGCUUUCAUUAUUUUAAUGAACCUGGGGAGAAAAAUAUUUAAA